UCGCAUAAUUUGAUCAAAUCAAACUUUAAAUUAUUAUUGUAUCACCAUUAUUUUUAUUACCAUAUAAUACAAAGUAGUAAUAAUAUAAAUAUUAGAUUAAAUUUUUUUCUCGUUUGUUUGCAAUUUGCAUGCACACCACGCUUUCUCUCUCUUCUAUAGUUCGUCUCCCUUACCCUCUUUGCUGUUACUCGCUUUCAUUUCUUGGAUUAAUUGGUGUGGAGUUUUGCUAGCUUUUUUGGGGUUUUAAAAUUUAAUGGGGUCAAGAAUUUGCAUGAACACGUCUUGUGGGGCAAAUUCAACAGUCCAAUGGAAGAAAGGCUGGGAAUUGAAAUCUGGUGAAAUUGCCGAUCUGUGUUUCAACUGCGGAUCUUCCUACGAGAAAUCAGUCUACUGUGAUACAUUCCAUGCAGAGGAAACUGGUUGGAGAGAAUGUAGCUUGUGCAACAAGCGACUCCACUGUGGUUGCAGUGCUUCAGCAUCACUGAUUGAGGUUCAAGAUUUUGGAGGUAUAUGGUGUAUUAGCUGUGCAAAGAGUGCCUGUUGUCCUCCGAUCAGGAAAGAUAAGUUCUCCGGUGAAGCUCAAUCUUCAGAGAAGUACAGUAAUGCUAAUGAUCUGCAGAACACUAAGCCGGAAACUAAUGCCAUUAGUAAUGGGAAUCUUUUUAGUUUGGGCAACAUCAUUGAUACUAAUAUUCCUAGGUUUUUGCCUCAAUCCCCCCCUGCUCUCACAAAUGGACCUUUUGGGCAAAUCAAACCAGAGGCCAAGAACUCCUCAAUUGGAGUUGCUGGCUUGGGGUUUUCAAAAUUUUCUCACUCACUUACUGGACCAACCCUUUGCGCUCCACCAAAUGAAGAUAAAUCAAACACAGGGGCCAAGGAUGUGCAAGAAUCACAAAUGCCAUCACUGAAUAUAAGCUUGCGUUCGCCUUCAGAAACCUCAAACUUUGGCCUUACUUUUUCUGGUGGAGUUGAAGAAGGAGAUAAUAGCAGAUCAUCGCUCUUUCAGUCAGGGCAAAGGCCUCGGCAAAUAUUGCCCAAGCCUCCAAAGAACAACCUUGCUAAAGUUUCUGAUGCAAAUAAAAGCUCAUUUUCUCCUAUGCGCGUGGCAAGACCUCCUGCUGAAGGGCGUCUGCGGAACCAAUUGCUUCCGCGUUACUGGCCUAGAAUUACAGACCAAGAGUUGCAGAAGCUAUCUGGAGACUUGAACACUACAAUAGUUCCGCUUUUUGAGAAGAUUCUGAGUGCUAGUGAUGCUAGUCGAAUUGGCCGCUUGGUUCUUCCCAAAGCUUGUGCUGAAGCAUAUUUUCCUCCCAUUAAUCAAUCAGAAGGUCUGCCCUUGAAAAUUCAGGACAUCAAGGGGAAUGAGUGGACAUUUCAGUUUAGAUUUUGGCCUAACAAUAAUAGUAGGAUGUAUGUUUUGGAAGGAGUAACCCCUUGCAUACAGUCUAUGCAAUUACAAGCCGGCGAUACUGUUACAUUUAGCAGGAUUGAUCCUGGAGGCAAACUUGUCAUUGGAUAUCGUAAAGCAUCAAACACUCUUGAAGUACGGAAUACCCAAACAUCAUCAGCAAAUCCUAAUGGUGUUGCUCCUGGAGAAAGUUGCUACCCUGAUGUGGCUGACAGCCUGUCUGCUAGAAAUGACCGUAGUGGCCUGCAAUCGAUGGGUGGUGCCAAAGAUAAUCAACCAAGUGUAUUGCCUGAACAGUCAAAUCUGGUGAGUGGGAACACUUCUUGGGGAAAGAGUGAGAAGCUGAAGAGCAAGGAGGAUGUGUUGGAGCAACCUAAACCAUCUGACAAGAAAAAAAUGCGAAACAUUGGUUCCAAAAGCAAGAGGUUGCUAAUAAAUAAUGAGGAAGCUAUGGAGAUUAGAGUUACAUGGGACCAGGCACAGGACCUGCUUCGUCCACCACCAAAUGCCAACCCAAGUGUCAUCAUUGUUGACGAUUUUGAAUUUGAAGAAUAUAGUGAGCCCCCUGUUUUUGGGAAGAAGACAUACUUUGCCACUCGACGUUCGGGGGCGCAAGAACAAUGGGCUCAAUGUGAUAAUUGUUCAAAGUGGAGGAAGCUGCCCACAGAGACUUACCUGCCAUCAAGAUGGACAUGCUCAGAGAAUUUCUGGGACUCUACCAGGUCUUUGUGUACAUCACCAGAAGAGACAUAUCCAAAAGAACUUGAUAAUCUUGUCAGAGGAAGUAAAGAAUCCAGGAAGCGAAAAGCUGCAGAAAGCCCUGAGCAAAGAUGUGAGCCUUCUGGCCUGGAUGCUCUGGCUACUGCUGCCACCCUAGGAGACAGUGACGAGCCAUCUGCUGGAGCUACUACGAGGCAUCCUCGACACCGUCCCGGAUGUACUUGCAUUGUAUGCAUUCAACCCCCAAGUGGAAAAGGCAAGCACAAGCCUUCAUGUGUAUGCAAUGUCUGCUUGACUGUGAAACGCCGGUUUAAAACACUAAUGAUGCGCAAGAAGAAGCGCCAAUGUGAACGCGAGGCUGAAAUGGCACAACAAAAGAGCAAUGAACUGCAAGUUAAAGGACCUCAACUUCCAAAGAAAGCUGCUGCAAAUGAUGUAAUGCUGAAUAAAGAUAAUUUGGAGAAUGAAGUUAGUCAAGAAAAAAGUCAAGAAAGAAUGCAGCUAGAUGAAGGCGAGAACAGUAGCAAGGGUCACAUAGAUUUGAAUUGCCACCCUAUCCGUGAGGAAGAUUCAACAGCAGAUGCUCAACCAAGUGUGGGCAUUAUGGCUCUUGCUCAAGCAGCUAGUGCUCCUGAUUUGUACAUGGAGCCAAAUGGGCUUGCAAAUCUUCUGGGCAAGCAGCCAAUGGACACUGAUUCUUGUUUGCUGCUAAAAACCUGUGAUUAUGUUGACAAAUGUUUGUCAACUAAGGAGGAACAUCACCCGUCAGUUGUGAAGGAGCAGGAGCACUGCAAGGCAGAUGGUGUGGGUUCUUCCAAGUAGAAUGACUUAGAUUAGCGAAGCAAUCUCAUCUACUCAGCCCUCACUUAGCUACUUCUGCUUCAGCCCUGACAACAUUUGGUUUGUAAAUUCAUCGGCUUCUGGUUCUUACAAGGCAGCGUACACCUUUAGUUUUCUAGUUGAGUCUUUAUUUUAACAACAUGAACUACAGUUACAUAAAGAGUUAGUUAAGUCAUAGCGUUUGAGUCCUUUUUUUUUUUUUUUUUUUUUUUUUUGGCAUGAGUUGGAAAUUUGGAAGAGUUGGACAUUUCGUUACUCAAAGAGGUCAAUACUGCAAGUUUUAUGAGCCAUCUUUGACCUCUCUGCGUAGUAUCUGUCAUUCUGUGUUCCAAACAUUGUACUUGUAUUAUAUAGGAAUGCUGAUGCAGAAUGUCUCAAGUGUUUCUCAAUUGUAAGGAACAAUCAUAAAUCAUGAUUUAGCAGAAAAUUAUAAUUUCGUCGAUCAUACUAAUAUGCAACUCCUGCAA